UGGAAUAAUUGGAUCCCGCCAUCCUCGCCUCUACCUCUCCCUCUGGUCUUCCAUCCCACGUAGGAGUACAACACAACAAGAGCGGACGCGCUGAGCCCUGUGGCCUGCGGGGGUCGCUUCCGCACUGCCAGCCAUUACUGCCCACUCGCCCCCACCUGCCUCACCGGGCCCGAGGAGCACGCCAAGGGAGGCAGCGCCCCAUGGACCGCAGCGGCGGCUCGCCCACGGCGGAGCGCCGCCGGGGGAUCCGGCGCCUACUGCUGGCGCGAGGUGAGGCUUCUUCCUCCUACUCGCCGCCACCGCCGCCGUCGCCGGCGGUGGCGGAGGAGGGUCGGGUGAAGGGGUUCGCCUCGGCGGCGCUGCGCGGGCUGGGGUGCACGUCGGCGGUGGCCUCGCAGGCGUACGCGCCCGGGGCGGCGGCGGCGGCGGCGGUGCGGUCGUCGGCGGACUGGCACGGGCAGCGGCGGAGGAGGGGGAAGGAGAGGAGGAAGGAGAGGGGCAGUGGGGGACGAGGAGGCGGGGGACUUGUGAGCGGGGGGAUCGGCGCCGACGUGUGGUGCGCUCCCGGGAUACCCUUCGCCGCGGAGGCGUCGUCGGUGGACUGCGUGGUGGCGCGGCACCAGAUGGGGAGGGGACGCGGCGGCGAGGGGGAGAGGUCCCACAGAGAGAGGCCGUGCUUGUCCCGGAGGGUGACUGUGCAGGAGCAGAUGUCCUCGUCCUUCAUGGACUCGCCGCCGCCGCCGCCGCCGCCGCACCACUUCGAUGCCCCUUUCUUCGGCGCCGACCUCAUCCCCUCCGGCCUCCUCCGCCGGAUGCGCGGGUACCGUCACUCCCCCGGAGGCCUCGAGGAAGAGAUCAUGAUGUUUCAAACACGAGUAUUGCUGGGAGGAAUGAGUAUGUAUGAUCGGUACCAGGAUUGGCGCCUUGAUGUUGACAACAUGACAUACGAGGAGUUGCUCGAGCUUGAAGACAGAAUUGGAUAUGUCAACACAGGGUUGCGUGAGGAUGAGAUCACUCGCAGCCUUAGGAAGGUCAAAAACCCAGCCUUCGGUUCUUUCCGGUUAACAGAAAUGGAAAGGAAAUGCAGUAUUUGUCAGGAAGAAUUUGAAGCAAAUGAAGAAAUGGGAAGGCUUGGUUGUGGCCAUAGCUAUCAUGUUUACUGCAUCAAGCAGUGGCUCUCUCAGAAGAACGCUUGUCCAGUUUGCAAGACUGCGGUCAACAAGACUUGAAAUCCAUAACUCCAAGCGCGUUAUCUGUAUCACUGGGGAAACUGAAAGUCCUGUUGUGUCUUGUACAGUUCGUUACAUAUGCUAUUGUAUAAACACAACAUCCAUUCGUAUGCAUUUGCAGAUAGAAAUGCCAUAUUGUGGCCAUCUCUCAUCAAA